CAUGAGAAGGUCAUAAAACAAGGUCUAGGGUAGCACCAAUCACCUGGCAACCACCCUGAUUCACAGUGAAUUACUCAAUACAACAGAGUGUGUAUUUUUAACUGAAUUACAUGUACAUGGUGUGUAAGAAUUCUGUAUCUACCAUUUAUUAGCGGCUACCAAAUGAAUUAUUUUAAACCAUGUCCAAUGAGGUGAAUUACAUAAAAAUAUUACAAUUUGAUGUGAAAAUUGGCAUCAAGAAAUGUUAUUAACUAUACACCAACGCUUAAUUUUCGUCCCUUUUUCCUUUCUUUUUUGUUAGAAAAUGGCAGCCAGCAAGUUGUUCCUAGAUACAAUUUCACAAAUAGAGAAGAAAAAUCUACCUCCAAGACUGAAGAGGGAAUUCCAUGUAUGUGAUGAUAAUGAUAAGAAUGUUGGGCCUGUGAUCAGAGUUAUGCAGUGGAACAUCUUAGCCCAAGCUCUGUGUCAUGGAAGUGAUAAUUUUGUUCUGUGUCCUAAAGAAGCAUUACACUGGGAAAACAGAAAUUUACGAGUUAUUGAAGAACUUUUACAAUACAGUCCACAAAUACUCUGUCUACAGGAAGUUGAUAAAUUUGAAUUUGUCAAAGAAAAUCUUGGCAAAGUAGGUUACGAGGGUAUUUUCUUUCCCAAACCCGAUUCACCAUGUUUAGACUUUGAACAUCACACUGGACCUGAUGGAUGCGCUAUUUUUUAUGCCACUGAUAAGAUUAAACUGAUCUCACAAAAAUGCAUCGUGUUGGAAGACAAUGGUUAUGAAACAAAUCAAGUCUGUGUUAUUUGUACAUUUGGUAUCAUUGGAAAUGAUCAUGCUCCAAAUUUCACAGUAGCAGUCACUCAUCUUAAGGCGAAGACAGGGUUUGAAGAGCUACGUUUUAGUCAGGGAUCUUAUUUACUUCAUUACUUGGAAAAAAAGGUUGAAAGUGGUCCAGUUAUCGUGUGUGGCGAUUUCAAUGCAGAUCCAAAGGAGAAAGUUUAUGCAGCUUUCAAAGCUUCCGUGUUAGGUCUACAAAGUUCAUAUACAUAUCUUUCCAAAACAAAAUCAGAGCCAGAUUACACCACAUGGAAAUUUCGCGGAUCUAGGAGAAGUCCAAACGGACGAGAAGAAUCAUGCAAGACAAUUGACUAUAUUUGGCACUCCAAACAUUUCCGUCCAAAAGCUAUACUGGAAAUUCCGACAGGAGAAGAUCUAGGGGAGAAUAAACUUCCAUCAAUGGUGUUUCCGUCUGAUCAUUUGUCUCUUGUCUGUGAUCUACAACUUACCAGUUGAUGUUGUUGAAAUUAUAGGUUCUUUGGAACAAAGUAGAUGUGAUCCAAAUUAAAUGUACCAUAAAGUCCCUCCUUGUUACCUUUAGCUUAUUCUAUCUUUAUACUAGUGUGUAGUUGAUCACAAGAGUUAUUUAAAUUAUUUACAGAUGGACAGACGGAUGGACGGAUAAUAGUAUACCAUAAUACAUCCCGUAAAGGGGCGUAUAAAAACUGUAAAAAAAUUUUAAAAGAUAGGUGAACAUACCGGUAGCCGAAAAUUGUCCAUCAACUCCUUAUAGAAGUUAUUUCCCUUAAACAUGUUAAUGAUGAUUUUAAUCCAUUUGCCUGGGGGAAACAUUUAUUUUCAAAAAUACAGUUAAAAGAUUGUUACAUUAUUAUCCCUGCACAUGUACAAACAUUUUUUACUCUUAAGUUUUUAGUAUUGAAACAAGUAUGAGAAGUGUAGCUUGAAGAAAAGCAGCAUUAUUUAAUGUGUACUAUUGUAUUUUAAAAUUGUAAUUAUGUCACAUUUACUGCCUGUUUGAUGUCAAAAUCCAUGUAUUCAGAAUAAAAGGGUAUAAUUUGAAAUUUCCUUUCAAGUCCAGUAUUGUAGGACUUCUUGUCCUAAUAUAAAACUAUUGAAGUAUGUCGAGUACACAGGAUGUGACUGUGUUAUAAAUCACUCGCUCUGGUAUUGAGUGAAUCACUAUCAAACAGGGUGAUUGCUGGUGGAUUAGAGUGACAACACACUGAUUUAUGAAUAAGCAGAGAGAAAUUUAAAAUGAACCACUAUAAAAGUAAAUUUUAACACAUUCACCUUGUUUUUACUGUAACAUAUAUUUGUAAGACAGAAAACUGAUCUGACAGUGGAACUGGAAAGAAACUUAGCGUGAUUAUAUGCUAUAGUGCAAUAGUUUACUUACUGAUAUUAUAAAAUUCCACAGACACACAGAGAAAUACUAUUAUUUGUGUUUGUGUGACACUUAUUAAUGCCUAAAUGAUAUUUUCUAUUUUUAAAUAGAGGAAAAAGAUCUGUUUGUACCAUUUUUAUGUUAAUGAAAACUUUUUUUCAUAUUGACAAUAAAAUAUCGGCAGUUUGGGUACCAAUUACUUUUUUUAUAGAUAUUUGUAUUUGUUAUGUUCAUGUAUAACAAAAGUAAUUUGUGAUAUAUGACAGCAAGUUAGUAUUAUAAGUUUUUUCUUUAAAAAAAGGAAAUAAAGGAGUACCUAGAUAUGCCACCAAAUUGUAAAUAUUAUGAAAAAGUUGUUGACUUUUCCAGAAAAUGAUGUUAAAGGGGAAGGGGUUGUGUUGGUUUUUUUUUAAACCCCUUUGCAUCCUUUUAUCAAUCAUCCUUUCAUUUUUCCCAUUUCUCUUCAGACAUUUCAAAUAUACACUUCAAUUUCUUGUCACUAAUUAUUUCAUUAAAUUUUUCGUAGUUUAACAAUCAGCGCAUAUGAAAAUCCUGAGAUUUUCUUUUUUCGCACAAGAAUAUUCCAGUUUUUCAUAUACCUUUACAUUUUUACCUUUAAAAAAAACAAAACACACAGACUUAUAUUUGUUUUUCUGUAAUUUUACUCAUAAUAAUUUGAAUGUAUUCUACAUUCUCUAUUGAAAUAGAUUUCAGCAUUAAAACAUAGAAAUUCUUGGGUUGACUAUGAAAGCUAGAGUGCACAUAAGGUAUACUUACACUAAUACUGGGUGAACGUACAGGUCAAGAGGGGGGAGGGGAUGCCCAAUUUCUGAAUAAAAUCUCAUGGCCAGUAAUUGUGAAAAAUAUUUCAUCCAAUUCCUUGUACAGAAUUAACUAGGAUUUAUUGUUCUUCAAUUUGUUAUUACUAAGACAGACAUAUAGUUGAGGCCUUUUAUUGCUUUUUUCAUCAAAUUAUUUAGUAACCAAUGAAAUGUAGCAUGAAUAACUGUAUACUUGAUAAAGUUUUGGAUAUUAUGACAAGGUACCCCAUUUAGGAACCUCAUUUUACUUGCAUCACUGUCAGCGUUAUUGUUUUUAUACGACCGCAAAAAAAUUUUUGUGGUCGUAUAUUGGUAUGACGUUGGCGUCGUCGGCUUCGUCGUCGUCCGGCGUCGUCCGGCGUCGUCCGAAGACACAUUGGUUUUCGCACUCUAACUUUAGUUUAAGUGAAUGGAUCUUUAUGAAAUUUUACCACAAGGUUCAAUACCACAAAAGGAAGGUUGGGAUUGAUUUUGGGGGUUAUGGUAAUAACAGUAAAGGAAUUAGGGGCCAAAAAGGGGCCAAAAAUAAGCAUUUUUGUUACUUCCAGACAUAACUUGUGUGUUAGUGUAUGGAUCUCUCUGACAUUGUACCACAAGGUUCCAUAUCACUAAAGGAAUGCUGGGAUUGAUUUUGGGGGUAAUUGCCUCCAAAUUUUAGGAAUUAGGGGCCAAAAAAGGGGCAAAAAACAAGCAUUUUUCUAGUUUCAUGACAAUAACUUGUGUGUAAGUGUAUGGAUCUUUCUGAAAUUGUACUACAAGGUUCCAUAUCACAAAGGGAAAGCUGGGUUUGAGUUUGGGGGUAAUUGCCCUAAACGUUUAGGAAUUUGGGGCCAAAAAGGGGCCAAAAAACACAUUUUUUUCUAGUUUCCAGACAAUAACUUGUGUUCAAGUGUAUGGAUCUCUCUGAAAUUGUACUGCAAGGUACCAUACCACAAAGGGAAGGCUGGGGUUGAGUUUGGGGGUGAUGAAUCAUAAUGGGGGUUCAAAAAAUUUUGGGGGGGAUUUAUUUUUUUUUCCUUUUUUUUCUUUUUUUCCUUUUUUGUUCCUUUUAAAAUUUUCCAUUUUAAGUUGGUUAUUUCUGAUUUAUAUUUAAAAUCAAAUAAUAAUGAUAUGGUAGGAGAUACACACCAAACAGGAUGUGUAAAUUAUUAUAUAAUAAGUAUUGUGCAAUAGCAAGAAAUUUUCAAUUGCACAGUAUUGCACAAUAGCAAGAAAUCUUCAAUUGCACAGUAUUGCGCAAUAGCAAGAAAUCUUCAAUUGCACAGUAUUGCGCAAUAGCAAGAAAUAUCCAAUAGCACAAUAUUGCGCAAUAGCAAGAAAUUGUCAAUUGUACAGUAUUGCGCAAUAGCAAGAAAUAUUUAAUAGCACAGGAUUGUGCAAAAGAAGAUACUUCCUAUAAAUUGCUUAUUUCUUGACCAAUUUCAAUGGGGUUUUAUUCUUGAUUUCAUGGGGUUCUUUAAUAUGCUGAAUCUAACCGUGUAUUUAGUUUUUGGAUUUUGGGCCCCGUUUUUAAAUUGGUCCACAUUGAGGUCCAAAGGGUCCAAAAUUAAACUUUGUUUGAUUUCAUCAAAAAUUGAAUUAUUGGGGUUCUUUGAUAUGCCGAAUCUAACUGUGUAUUUAGAUUCUUAAAUUUUGGUUCCGUUUUCAAAUUGGUCUACAUUAAGGUCCAAAGGGUCCAAAAUUAAACUUAGUUUGAUUUUUACAAAAAUUGAAUCCUAGGGUUCUUUGAUAUGCUGAAUCUAAACAUGUAUUUAGAUUUUUGAUUAUGGGCCCAGUUUUCAAGUUGGUCCAAAUCGGGGUCCAGAAUUAAACUUUGUUUGAUUUCAACAAAAAUUGAAUAUAUGGGGUUCUUUGAUAUGCUGAAUCUAACCAUGUAUUUAGAUUUUUGAUUUUUGGGCCCCGUUAUCAACUUUGUCCACAUUGAGGUCAAAAGGGUCCAAAAUUAAACUUUGUUUGAUUUCAUCAAAAAUUGAAUUAUUGGGGUUCUUUGAUAUGCCGAAUCUAACCGUGUAUUUAGAUUCUUAAUUUUUGGUUCCGUUUUCAAAUUGGUCUACAUUAAGGUCCAAAGGGUCCAAAAUUAAACUUAGUUUGAUUUUAACAAAAAUUGAAUUCUUAGGGUUCUUUGAUAUGCUGAAUCUAAACAUGUAUUUAGAUUUUUGAUUAUGGGCCCAGUUUUCAAGUUGGUCCAAAUCGGGGUCCAAAAUUAAACUUUGUUUGAUUUCAACAAAAAUUGAAUAUAUGGGGUUCUUUGAUAUGCUGAAUCUAACCAUGUAUUUAGAUUUUUGAUUUUUGGGCCCCGUUAUCAACUUUGUCCACAUUGAGGUCAAAAGGGUCCAAAAUUAAACUUUGUUUGAUUUCAUCAAAAAUUGAAUUCUUGGGGUUCUUUGAUAUGCUGAAUCUAACCAUGUAUUUAGAUUUUGGAUAUUGGACCAUAAAAGGUGAAUGUCCAAUUUAAAAUUUUUAAGUUCUUAGACCACAUUCAAUCUGUGUUAGAAACCUAUGCUGUGUCAAAUAUUUAAUCACAAUCCAAAUCCAAAGCUGUAUCAAGCUUGAAUGUUGUGUCCAUACUUCCCCCAACUGUUCAGGGUUCGACCUCUGCGGUCGUAUCAAGCUGCGCCCUGCGGAGCAUUUUAUUAUUUAUGUAAAAUAGUUGUUGACUUUGUUGUUUAUUGUUUUUGUAUAGAAGUUUUUUUUUAAUUAUCCUGUAAAUGAUUUAAAUGCUGUAUCUAUCCAUUUUAUAUACUAUUGAAUAAAAAUGAACACAGUUUUCAACAAAA